CUUCUUGUUUCCUCAUCUGCUUAUCUUUAUUCGUUUUCUUUUCGUCAACUUAGUACUAUUGCCUGCUCCUUAUUCACACACACACACUCUCUCUUUGGUUUCCCUGGAAAAUGGUUCCGGUUCGCUCCUAGCCACCCCUGCUAGUCACCCACUUCAGACUUCCGCUUUUCCAUGGGAUCCAGUCCCUUCCCAGGCCUGAGACCCGGCUCUGCAAGAAACCUUGCGCUGUCGCUCGUUCCAUGGUUCAUUGGGAGCCUGACUUUUGGUCGGCCCUUGUUUUGGCGACCCAGAUUUGCCCCGGUGCUGGAUGUCUCGUCUAGACUCGGCCUUUGGCUGGCUGAGCUGUUGUGACCUGACAGCUAAACUUCGCUGCUUGAACCACGCCCGGUGUCAACUCUACUGACGGUCUGCUCACUGUUGGAUGCCCCUCCUUGGCUUGCCGUUAAUUCAAGAGCUGCCAUUUUAUUUAACUUCAACCCCCCGUCUUUUCUGUUCCCCCUUUCUAUUAUUGUUUUCUUAUGUACAAGGCGUGGUGAAACAUCUCCCUCCUGCCUCAAAACUGCUGUCGACCUUGCAGUCAUCUGCUCAGUCUCCCCUGCUUACGCACGCCGCGCCACACAUCACACCAUACUGCUACACUGCUACACUGCUUUCCCCGUCACUAUCCGCUACACACACUCUCACGAUGGGCUCCCCCGCCAUCGAUGUUGAUGUUUGUCCCAAUCCCCGCACAAAGGAGGAGAACCAGGAACGUGCCUUCAUAGCCGCCUCCCGCCGUAAAGACCGCAGCUUAGAUGCUCGCGUGGAAUCGGCCAACCGGGCCUCCAGCCUGCACAAGCAACGGACCGGCAAGGCUCUCCUCAUCAGCCGGGAAAUCGUUGAACGCGAGGCCAUGUACGAAGAGGUCGAUGACCGCUACCAAGAGAAAAUCAACCGUAUGCUGCACGCUCAGUCGAUGCAGCUGCAAACCGAGUUCAACCGCAAUCUCAUGGCUGCUUUUGCGAACCGUCCAAGUGCUCUGCACCAGCGUCGGGCCAGCUCCCACCUCAACCCGCGGGCAUCGCUUAACGGCAUCCGCAAGAUGAGUCUGGACUUGUCUGGGCUUCGUGCCUCUGUCUCCGACGGCAUGAACACCGGACCAAUGACCAGUCCGUUGGGACCACACCAGGGUAGCUAUGUGCUUUCCCCCACAUACGACGGAACUUCCCAGUCGCCGUCGUAUCCCAGCGUCGUCCCCGCGUCGUCGGGCCAACUACCAUCCUACCUCACCCAGACCGCGGGUGGACCCACCUGGCCGGCGCAGCUGAACGGGCCGCAGCCCAUGCGAUCGCCUUGGACAGGAGGGUUCGUGUCGCCGUCACAGCACAUCCCGGCCACGACGAUGGGCGAGAUGGGCGCCAUGCCGGUUCGUCAGUUCCGGGACCGCAUGGGGUCGGCGCCGGUCAUUCCCGUUCACACGAUGCCUUCCCCUUUGCUUGCAACUCCCGCAGCAUCUAGCACUAGUGCUACGGUACCUCCCACAACAACAACAACGUCCUCCUCGUCCUCAUCGGCGUCGGCCGGUCCUCGACCGGCCCACCCGAUGUACCAGCACACUCGAGUCCGGUCGGAGCCUGGUCAAGCUCUGCGGACGCAAAGCCUGGCCAACCUGUCCCAGCUCAACUCCCCGCCAGGUAUGCCGAUGGAUUCCACGGAGCCAGUGCCGACGCCAGAUUUGUGCCCGACGCCCAGCACACCGCAGUCCCCUACAUCGACGGGACAAGACCCGGGUCUCUGGGGGCUAGACCUGAACAAGGACGAGGGAGUGAUGGGGUACGCACAGGAGCACCAUAUGGAUCCUGACUAUGAAGAUUUCAGCCGGUUCGCAUUUGGACUGGGCAGCGGUCCCCAACUGCCGGAUUCGGAAACGGCGUUUGAUGAAUUUUUUACCAUGGAGGAUUUUCCCGUUAGUGCAUGAGUACCCUAUACGUUGAGUGAUUACUUUUGCUCUAAACUAUGUCUUACUAUUGAUAUUUUUUUUAUUGUGUGUUUGUUAUUGCUGCUGCUACUACUACUACUACUUCCUUUGGGUGGGGACUUGCUGGCUUGGUUGGUGUCGUAUGUACGAGGGGAGACAAUACCCGGAGAGCGGCGUUGACCAGGUGAUCCAU